AUGCUAAAGGAUUAUAGGGAUGGACGGGAAACAACUUGGGAUUUGGCGGAGGAGAUAGCUGAUUGCGAAAUUGUACUAAAGAAGUUCGACCAUUUGUACAGGCCCAUUGGAGGCGGCGAAGGGCACAGCGAGGAACCUGGUGAAGGUGCUGAAGGGGAAGAGGAAGAGGAAGAAGUUGGUGUAGACGAAGGCGAUGAAGGUGAAGGUGAUGAAGGUGCUGAUGAUGGCGAGGAUGAUGACGGCGAUGAAGGAAAUGCAGGUGGCUAUAGGAGUGAUGAAAGAGUGGGUGGUCAAGGCAAGAGCGGAACUGGGGAUCGGGAUGAUCCUAAGUAA